AUGUCUACUACAAAACCAACAACGUCACAUGUUGAGUCUGAUACCAAACCAGAUGCUGAUCAUCUUGAAAUAAGAAAAUCUAACUUAUCUGAAUCAGAUCUUGGAGUCGAAGAAAUAAGUGAUUUAAAAUAUAUCAACCUCCCACCGCUGUUGCAACACAUGACACAAGAAGAGUUAAGAACAUUAGAUAAAAAAACCACCAGAAAGAUCGAUUUAAGAUUGAUGCCAAUGUUGAUCUUCAUUUACAUUUUGAACUAUUUAGAUAGAAACAAUUUGGCUAGUGCCAGAUUAGGAGGUUUAGAAAAAGAUAUUGGUUUGGUUGGUAACCAAUACCAAAUCUGUAUUUCCAUCUUGUUUGUUGGUUACAUUCUUUUCCAAGUCCCAUCCAAUAUGUUGUUGAACAAAAUGGGUCGUCCAUCAAUUUACCUUUCAGUUGUCAUGACUAUAUGGGGUGCUAUUUCUACUGCCACGGGUGCCGUUCAAAGUUUUGGUGGAUUGGUCGCAGUCCGUGUGUUGCUUGGUGUUGUCGAAUCCGCAUUUUUCCCUGGUGCCUUGAUGAUCUUGUCAAGUUGGUAUGACAAAAAAACACUUGCCUCCAGAAACUCUAUUUUAUACGCUGGGCUGUUAAUUAGUUCUGCAUUCAGUGGUUUGAUUGCUGCUGGUAUAUUGAAAAUGGAUGGCUUGGGUGGUGUUCAAGGUUGGAGAUACCUUUUCAUUAUUGAAGGUGGUAUUACUGUGCUCACAGUCCCAUUUGCUUACUUUAUUUUACCAGAUAACCCAUCAAAUACCAAAUUCUUAAGCCAAGAAGAAAAAGACAUUAUUAUGUGGAAAAUGAAGAGAGAUCUUGGAAAUGUCAAUGACUCUGAUAAAGAAGCCCAAGAAUCUGAAAUACAAGGAUUUAUGCAUGCAUGCAAAGAUAUCAAGGUCUGGCUUUUGUGUGCUAUUCACCUGUUCUUAGUUGCUGCUUGUGGUGUUACCAAUUUUUUCCCAUCAGUGGUGCAAACAUUGAAUUUCGAUAGAACUACCACUUUAUGUUUGACUGCUCCUCCAUAUGUUAUAGCUGUUGUUGCAACUUAUCUUUGGGCUAAACACGCAGAUCAUUCUGGAGAAAGAUUCUACCAUGUUACUAUUCCGUUAGUGUUAUCGUUAGUUGCAUUUAUCAUUUCUGCUGCUUCAUUAAACACUGGUGCUCGUUACUUUAGUAUGUGUUUGAUGAUUCCUUCCCUUUAUUGUGCAUUCGUUGUUAUUCUUACCUGGAUUUCCAACUGUUGUCCAAGACCACCAGCUAAACGUGCCGCUGCUAUUGCCAUUGUCAAUUGUUUGAGUAACUCCACUUCAAUUUGGAAUGCUUAUUUAUACCCAUCAAGUGAUGCGCCACGUUAUUUGGUUGCAUUCUGCUGUAACUCAGCUUUCAUUGUUCUUUCUAUUCUUUUUGCUGUUGGUUUGAGAAUUAGAUUGACCGUUUUGAACAAGAGAAUUGAAAGAGGUACCAUGGACUGGCAAAAGGAAUUGGGUAAAGGUAAUGAUGGAUCAAAGAUUUCUCCUGACUUUAGAUUCUUAUACUAG